AUGGAACAAGAAGAGAAUUCUAGACGAUUGACCGUAAUUAUUAUUUUAUGCCAAUGCAUAGGAAUCACAAAUAUAGCGACCAUCCCAAAUGUGGCAUUUUCCGAAGGCGUCCUCGGAUGUAUAAUAUUUUUCACACUUACGUACGUAAUCCUCGGAAUACCACUUUUAUAUAUGGAGACAGUUAUCAGUCAGUUCACCGGCAGAGAUUGCAUUGAUGUUUGGAAGAUCAGCCCUUGCACAUCCCACGUGGGUUACUUCCUGAUAGCGUGGCAAGUGGUGGUACUCAUCUACAAUCAUACUGUUACGUCCUUCCUCAUGCACUACUUUCUGAUAAGUUUUGAAUCCCUCCUACCCUACCAUACUUGCGGCCCAUGGACGAACGAACUGUGUAAUAUAAUUCUCACUAACUUCACUGUCAACAAAAACUGUGUACGAAAACAGAAGGGCGCAGCGUAUUGCGAAGGUCUAUAUUCAACUUUUCCCGAAUACCAAUAUUGGAGAUACAACUUAGUUAAGUUAGACAGAAAGCUUGACAUCGCUUGGAAGGUCACCCUCGGCUCAGCGGCUAUUUGUGUCAUAGUUUAUGUGAGCUGUUUCAAAAGGGAAAAGUCGCUGAAAUGGGCCACUUACAUCCUGGGACCGUUUCCUAUAAUCGCAUACUGUGUGUUGCUCACAGGCUCGUUAUUACAAAAGGGGAUUGUUUUAAAAUUCACAGAAGCAUUGGAUUUCGAAUUUAAAGACUUUUCGAAGAAAUUUCGCAUAUCAAGUAUUAUACAUCGUGUUGGGUUUAAUUUGGGGAUCGGGUCGGGUGUAACCUUCAACUUAUCAGCCAACUCGUCGUUCAGAACUCCGUGCCUAUCGAACACUGUAAUCAGCGUAAUUAUUUGCACACUCUUUUCCAUUCUCACUGUAAUCACAACGGCGAUGAUGACCUGCCCGUACGCAUUAGAAUUCGACGAAAAGCCGGAGAUGAUUAUGAAGACGCGAAUUUCGUUCCUCUUCGAGAAAGUACCAAGAUUAUUUAACCAAUACGAAAGGAAGUCCUUCUAUUUAAUCCUUACGUAUAGCUGUUACUCUGUUCUAGGUACCUGCACUAAUGUUAUCAUCUUCUACAAUUUAUUAGACGUUGCCUCAACAAGAAGUAUGAAAGUCGCCAAAUAUCCGGGAUUGACUUGCUUCUGUGGCUGCAUCCUCUUAUUCCUAAUAACAAUUCCUCUGUUUAAUUACUACGGAAUUAAUAUAAUGACAGUAAGCUUCAGGCGGCAUGUAGUCACCUUUAUGACUUUCAUUAGUAUGAUUGAAUGUGUGGUGUUUCUCACUUGGUAUGGCGUCCAAAGGUUUUCUGAAGACGUUCACUUCAUGUUGGGUGUCCAACCAAAAAUGUUUAUGAAAGUAACCUGGUUGUUUUCGAGUGUCGUACUCUUAUACUCCUUCUUUGUUGAAUUAAACCACCACUUGAAGACUACGACACAGUUUAUUUACGGAUCCUAUGUAACGUUGGCAGUAAUUGGUGUGUUGAUAGCGAUAUUUGUUGUCAAAUGUCUUUACGCUGCUUGCACAAAACAGAUGUCGAAGAUGUUUCAGUUAGAUCCUAGUUGGGGGCCAAGGAACGAAGUGUUGCAACGUAGUAGGGCAAUGUUUUCUGCGCAAGCGAUGACAAAAGAGUAUAUGUACCGGCAGUAUCACUUGCAAGCCGGUAUUCUUUCGAGACAAAGACAAUCCAAUGUAAGGAACAGUACGAACAUAGUCUAA